CCUUCUUAUUGUCACAACGAGAAAGAAGAACAAGAUCUUAGCACAGAGACCACCACAGAAAAUCCAGUAUAUACAGAGUUAUCAGUGUCCGUCUGGGUGAAGGAAUGCAGCGGGCAGGACUCCUGGUGGCCGCGGUGACCGUUGUGGUGGCGGUGCUUCUGUGCGGUGAGGCAGCGGAGGCCAAGAGGAUCAGCAGGUGUGAGAUGAAGAUGGCUCUGGAGGAGGCGCUGAUCCUACCCUCCCAAUGGAAGAAGUUCACGAACCUCAUCCUGGCUAGAGUGAUUUGCGAUGCGGAGAAGAGGAGUAACCUAACAACCGGUUUGGUGAAAUUCAUCAGCCAACCUGAACCUGUAAGUCCGACUUCCGCCCCCACCCCCACCCCCACCCCCACAACCCGCAAACCCAUGCCCACCCCGGUCUCCGACGCCGCCAUGCCCACCACCAACACAGCAACAAGCGGCACAAACACAAACAACACCAGGGUGUCCAACCGCACCACGGUGUCCAUGACCACCACCAUGUCCCCCACGACGUCCAAGACCCCUAUGGGGUCUACCACCCACGGUUCCAGGAGGAAGAGAAUGGCAGGGGAGGGAGACGGGGAAGACCGUAUGGAAGCCACGACGGAGAAGCCCCUCAAUUUGACUGCGAUGGAGAAUUCCCUCGAAGAAGACGCGUCCCGAAAUGAUGAGGCUGAGGUAGAGGAGGGAGACCAGGAUAAAGUUUCAGACGAGGAGGAAGACGAGGAUGACGAGGCUGACGCUACAGACGAUGAUAAAGAGGAAGCAGAUGAAAGUGAUGAAGAGGAGCAGGUGGAAGAUGAAAGUGAGGAGGAGGAGGAGGAGGAGGAGGAGGAGGAGGAGGAGGAGGAGGAGGAGGAGGAGGAGGAGGAGGAAGAGGAGGAGGAGGAGGAGGAGGAGGAGGAAGCCACCAUAAGCCCCGAACCCAAGCAAGGUGAGCGGUUCUACGGGGUGUUCCAGCUGAAUGACAGGUUUCACUGCGACUCAAACCUCCAGCCCUCCUGGAACCUCUGCCAGACCAACUGCCAGGCCUUCACCGAUGAAGACAUUUACGAUGACGUCGCUUGCUUCUUACACUCUGGUAACUGGCUCCGGCGUAUGAAGCAGGGGAAGUGUUCGAGCCUCGUUAACCACCAUGACUUCUUUAAAGCAUGUCACCUUUAAAUGGCAGCCUGCAAGAUCUCCUCAUCGCCGCUAGAGGACAGCAUCCCCUUCUGUUACAUACGUCUCUUUGCUGUCUGGGUUGUGUCUUAUGUUAAUAACUUUAUAUCAUUUUAAUGUUAAACCUGCACUAUAGAACUAUUCUACUGCAGCUUCUUUCUAUUUACUACAUUUACAGAAUAACAAAAAUAGCGGUCUGUCUUGAGCCCAAUGUUGGGAAAUCCCCACGCUAGCUUCUUCGUGUAGGAUGUAACGUCAUGUGAUUUGUUGAUGUAGAAAAAAAACGGCGGUACUUUUUGGUUUUGAUAAGGAUGUACAAAAACACCUGGCUGGAAAACAUGCUCACAGUAUUCCUUGGUUAACGUAGUCAAUAACUUACAUUGGCUCCUUCUCUGUCAUUGUUUGAAUGAAUAAAUUGCAUUUGAAAGACAUUGUGCCGGAUUUACCAGCUUUAGCAUGUCAUCAUUAGCACCUGACUACUAUUUUCCGACCUUCUUUGUGUGUGUGUGUGUGUGUGUGUGUGUGUGUGUGUGUGUGUGUGUGUGUGUGUGUGUGUGUGUGUGUGUGUGUGUGCGCGUGCGUGUGUGAUGCUAAGUGUCAUAAGAUCAUAGUUACUGAAUAGUUUUGCAUACAACUUUGAAGUCGGAAUUGCCAAAAACAAAACGAAAGUAUACCACAAUAUUCAUAUCCAGAUUAAAAUGUGACACACUUGACUUCAUUUUUCUAUCUAAGUACAUUCAUGGCAUCCAAACCCAUCAAAUCAUUGCUUGUAGUGUUUUCAUGUAGUUGAGAACGUGUUGUGGUUCGUAUGAUUGUUAUUAUCAUCUAUUUUUGUUUUGUUUUAUCUUAAGAUGCCUAUUUUAUUAACAGAAACAUUCCGCAAUUUAUAUUAUUCAUAAUAAAGCAAAAAUAUAUAAAAGGAGAAAAGUGAAUCACCAAUUCCGACUUCAAAGUUGUC